GAUUCAAACGACAUCGUCUUUGAUAUCCAUUCAUCUUCAUUCUUCUUGCAAGAAGCUCCUUUCUCUUCUGGUUCUUGGGGCACAAAAGUGCGUUCCCUAUCCGCUCAUAAUCGCUUCAACAUGGCGGUGGCACCCUACACCACCGGUUCUGCGCCUCGUCUAUCUUCCUCUUCCAAUUUUAGCGUUGCAACAAAACUCUACUCCGGGUUGAAACUUCAAUCGGCGAGUUCUUUUGGAGCGGUAAAACCUAAUGUAACCGCUGAAUUUUAUGGGAAAGUACACAAGACUCUCCAGUGUCGGUAUGCCAAACACAAUCCAUCAAGGGCAAGUAUUCGAAUGAUGCCCAUAGGCACUCCCAAAGUCCCCUAUAAGACACCUGGUGAAGGAACUUGGCAAUGGGUUGAUAUAUGGAAUGCCCUAUAUCGAGAACGUAUUAUCUUCAUUGGACAAGAGAUAGAUGAAGAAUUUAGUAACCAAAUAUUGGCGACCAUGCUGUAUCUUGACAGUAUAGAGAACUCCAAGAAGCUCUAUAUGUACAUAAAUGGUCCUGGUGGUGAUCUUACACCAAGCAUGGCUAUCUAUGACACGAUGCAGAGUUUGCAAAGUUCUGUAGCCACCCACUGUGUUGGAUUUGCUUAUAAUCUUGCAACAUUUCUCCUUGCUGCUGGUGAAAAGGGUCAUCGUUCUACAAUGCCUCUAUCUAGAAUUGCCCUUCAAUCUCCGGCUGGAGCUGCUCGUGGACAGGCUGAUGACAUUCAGAAUGAAGCAAAUGAACUACUCAGAAUCAGAGGUUACCUUUUCAAUGAGCUGGCUAAGAAAACGGGUCAGCCUGUUGAGAAGAUUACCCUUGACCUGAGCAGGAUGAAACGUUUCAACGCACAGGAAGCGGUUGAAUAUGGACUCGUUGAUCGAAUUAUCAGGCCGCCACGCAUUAAGGCUGACGCUCCUCGACAGGAUGUAGGAACAGGCCUUGGUUAAGAACACAUUUGUACUUCACAUUACUGAUUAAUAUCACUGAAUCAAAAGUUGUAAUACUUUUCCUAAAUUUUUGGAGAAUUUAUACUAAUAUUUGGAUAGUUAGAA